AAUCUACUUUAAUUUUAAAAGUUAAUCAAAUUGAUUCACGAAAAAUGAUGAGAGCAAUUAAAAAGAAAUUAAGGGAGUGACGAUAGAAUUAUUGAAUGGACCCUAUGCGGCAUGAAUUUGAAUUAGUCGAGUUUCAAUGCGAAUAUCCAACAUCGGAUGAAAACCUCAAAAAAAAAGUACUCAUUGCAUUGACGUAAACAUCAGGUGAAUGGUUACAUUUUACGUGUUAUUUAACCUCUAUAAAGUGUACAAAUAGCAUCCCAAAAGUGUACCAAAGAUUAUUAUAUUGAACACACAACCAAAUUAAUUUCAUUAGAAAUGGAGGAAUAUAGUUUUGAUCACAAAUUUGUACAAGUAAAUGGGAUAAACAUGCAUUAUGUUGAAAAAGGAAAAGGUCCUGUUGUUUUGUUUAUUCAUGGAUUCCCAGAAUUAUGGUAUUCAUGGAGGCACCAAAUUUCAUUCAUGGCUGAACAUGGUUAUAGAGCUGUGGCUCCUGAUCUUCGUGGCUACGGAGAUACCACUGGAGUACCUACAGAUGAUCCAAGCAACUUUAGCUGUUUAAGAGUUGUGGGUGACUUGGUGGAACUUGUGAAUACCAUUGCGCCUGAGCAAGAUGAAGUGUUUGUUGUUGGCCAUGAUUGGGGUGCUAUGAUUGCUUGGUAUCUUUGUUUGUUCAGGCCUGAUAAAGUUAAGGCUUUGGUUAAUAUGAGUGUCCCAUUUUCACCUAGGAAUCCUAAUGCAAAGCCAGUUGAGACAUUCAAGGCUAUUCUUGGAGAUGACUUUUAUGUUGUUAGAUUCCAGGAACCUGGAAAAGUAGAAGCAGAGUAUGCAAAAAUAGGAACCAAGAAAGUGUUGGGGAAAUUAUACAUUCCUAAUGGAAAGCCCUUUGAUGAUAGUCCCGUAAUUUUGCCUUGUUGGCUAUCAGAGAAAGAUAUUGAUUACUAUGCUAGCAAAUAUGAAAAGACUGGCUUCACUGGUGGAUUGAAUUAUUAUAGAGCACUUGACCUAAAUUGGGAAUUGACAGCAGCAUGGACAGGUGCAAAAGUGAAAGUACCAGUGAAGUUCAUUGUGGGAGAUUUGGAUUCAACUUACAAUGGAGCAAAAGAUUAUAUAAACAAUGGUGGAAUGAAAAAAGAUGUGCCUUUACUAGAAAAAGUGGUUAUAUUGGAAAAUGUUGGCCAUUUUCUUCAACAAGAAAAGCCCAUUGAAGUUAACAAACAAAUUCAUAAUUUCUUGAUGGGCUUUUCUUCUACUUAAAGGUUUAAAAGUUUAGCCCUUGUUACUAUGAUUUGGGGGGGUGUGUGUAUAUAUAUACACACACUUAUGUUAUUGUUGUUGUUUCUUUCUUGUAGACGUUUCUCGUAGAUGUUGCACUAUUCCCUUGUUACUGUUGUUAAAUUUUCGUGAUUUUUCCUUCUUCUUUGUACCUGAAUUGGUUGUAGUUGAGUCGAAGGUCUUUCGGAAACAGCCUCUCUCCCACUCCGAGGUAGUGAUAAGGUCUGCUACGCUCUACCCUGUCCAGUCUUCACUUGUGGGAUUUUAGUUGGUAUAAAGUACCUUUCGAUGUAAUUGAAUAAAUGAUUUUAUAUACUCGUCUUGUAAUUAAGUUAUGUUAUUAAAUGUGUUACUUAAUGUUUAAA